CUAGGAGUACGUACGAUGCUAGUAUUAACAUACCGGCAUUCUUUCAUCGCAAAUCGUCUCUCAACAUCGAAGAACAACGGGCAACAAUCUUUUGACUACGAGUACCGUACAGCACUGAUUUCUUUUUGAUGCAACCGAAAUUCAAAUUGGGCAUUCUUCCAAUUAAGUUCUGCAUCAUCCAAAAGAUUCUGCGCUUCAGAGAAGAAGAGCGUCUAACUCAUAGAAAUUUCGAAUAGUGGCUGUAGUAGUAGUUGGGACUCACAGCCGUUACAAGGUUAUCUCGGCUUAUCCGAAGUUCUACCCGGUGAUUACUAGGCACGGAAUGAGAUUCGUCCGUGUCAUUUUCUGCUAUAUCGUGGCAACGAUAUCGUUGCCUUCGGCAAUUCAUGGACUGGUGAUACCGGCUGUGCAAAACGCGAGGAAUCCUUCAACGACAUUUGGUAGCAAGAAGGACGAGAUUCAGAUCGACGACUUCAAGGACAUAAAUAUUGACGAUGUUCUUCUAGAAGCAGAGAAUGCAUUAAAGGCUGCGAAAACGUCUCUCGUCGACAGUGGUGAGACCGUGAACCAGGAUGAUAGUGACGGUUUGGUGAAUUUGAAGGAGGCAAUAAUCGUCAACGACGACGUAAACAAAAAGAAGAUAGAGAACGACGACGUGCUGAAUUUUAAGGAGGCGAUACGAGAAUCUCUCCUUUCCGAUAAAAUUGAAGAGAAAGGAUCUGUGUUGGCCACCGAGAUUUUAUCCUCGACGAUUGGUGGGAUUAUGUUAGGAUUGAUCCUGGGUUCUGUUGGAACCCUGAAACUUUCGGGACUCGACCCGUCGCUUGGAGUGUUGAACCCAUUUGGUCUUGCCGUUCCGAUUAUUGUCGGCGUGACAGUGGGUGGAGUAGCUGGAUUUACAGGUAGUUCAAAAGACGACGCGACAGGAAUCRUUGUUCGCAACGUCCUGGGUCUUCCUGUAAAAUCAUUGGCAUCGGCCAUUGUUAACAGUAUCCAGCAARCUGCCCGUCGUCAACUGGAAAAGACAACGAAUGACAUUAAGGCAAUUCCAUCAAAUGUUGCCAACUCUGCGAAGCAGAAGGCUUCGCAGAAGGCAAAAGAAGCUAAGAUUGCUGUUGAAAUAGCUGUUGAAGCAGCGAUAGAGCAAGCGAAAAAAGUUAUAUUGGUGGUGGUUGGGUUGUUAUCUCUUGUCUUUCUGGGUAUGCUCAUUACAAAUUGGGAUAUUCCAGUGAUCUUCGAUACRACACUGUAAUAAUCUCAAACAACCCAACCWACCUAAGAUGCAGACUGACUGAUUUAAGACACAGAUCAGUGACAGUCACUGCCAUAUUGGAUAAUCGAUAAUAGAUAUCAUAGGGACUC